AAACGACAUUAGCUAUAGCGCCUGGACUGUAAAGUUCUAGUUCAACAUCAAUUACCAAAACAAAUUCGGUUGCCCCCUUAUUUUUAACUUUUUAUUAAUUUAUUUAUAAACAAAUAUUUCUUGUUUGUUUUUAAUUUUUUGCCUUCCUCUUUUUACACUAUGCCGUAUGCUAAUCAACCAUCAGUGCAUAUUACAGACCUGACUGACGAAAACGUGAAAUUUUACAUUGAAGAUACUGAUUUGAGUGUUGCAAAUAGUAUUAGAAGAGUAUUAAUUGCCGAGACCCCUACUCUAGCUAUUGACUGGGUUAAACUUGAAGCUAACUCCACAGUGCUUAGUGAUGAAUUUUUAGCGCAUAGAAUAGGGCUUAUACCCCUUAUUUCUGAUGAAGUAGUUCAGAGAUUGCAGUAUCCCAGGGAUUGUAUUUGUACAGAUUUUUGUCAAGAAUGCAGUGUUGAAUUUACAUUGGAUGUAAAAUGUACUGAUGACCAAACUCGUCAUGUUACUACUGCAGAUCUGAAAUCAAGUGAUCCCAGAGUGAUUCCAGCAACCUCAAAACAUAGGGAUGAAGACUCAGCCGAAUAUGGGGAAGUUGAUGAAAUACUAAUUAUUAAGUUGAGAAAAGGGCAGGAGUUAAAAGUGAGGGCUUAUGCAAAAAAAGGAUUUGGAAAGGAACAUGCCAAAUGGAAUCCAACUUGUGGUGUUGCUUUUGAAUAUGAUCCUGAUAAUUCCAUGAGACAUACUUUGUUUCCUAAGCCCGAUGAGUGGCCCAAAAGUGAAUAUAGUGAAUUGGAUGAUGAUCAAUAUGAGGCACCUUACAAUUGGGAGUUAAAGCCGAAUAAAUUCUUCUACAAUGUGGAGGCUGCAGGACAAUUGAGACCAGAAAAUAUUGUUAUUAUGGGAGUAGCUAUGUUAAAAGAGAAAUUGUCAAAUCUUCAAACUCAACUGAGUCAUGAAUUACAAAAUGAUGCUCUAACCAUAGCAUAAAAUGUGGGUGAAUUAUGAUUUUUUAUUACUAAUAUUUAAGUUUAUCGAGUACAAUUGUGUAAUUAAAAAAAUAGAUAUGGUUUAAAUGAC